AUGGGGCAUUGCUGGGCUCGACUGAAGUCACGCUUCUCCUAUUUCACACCCACAAAGUCCGCGCCUGACACUCCACCUUCCUUUGGAGCUCCCAAGAAGCGAACGCUUGGCGACGACGAUGAUUACACCAGCCUGCAUAUUCCGGGAUCCUUCCCAGCCACUCCUCCCGAGUCACCGACACUUGCGCCAAUUGAUCCUCAUGGCGAGACUCCAGAGGGCAAGGGCAUUGCGCCCAUGGAGUUGGAGUCGAUGGAAAUAGGCUCUCUCGGAUCCCCAUCACUUACUACAGAUCUUGGUUUACAUCUCCACCCUCGACCAUCGAAAUAUUACCCACCCACCCCUCCACGCUCACAGGCGGCGCCAUCUCCCCGCCCACAGAAGAUCCCAAAGCGCGCCGCAGAACCUCGUACAUUCAUCGAUGAUCCAUGGGAACAACAGACAAAAGAUUUCGAAUCUCUAGAUCUAGGGAGACCCGUCUCGGCCGUACAAUUAUUUUCCCUCACAAGAAAGGACAUACCCGCCAACCGCGUUGCAUCAGUCUACGCGGCUGAAUGGGAGAAACGCGAGAAGGAAAGGCAGGCCAGGUUACGUGAUUCGCGACGUCCGACAAGAGUUAUCCCGCGUGGUCCUCCAGUGCGCGACCUUUCAUGGGAUUGGCUCGACAAAUUACAACGUGCUUGUCAAAGCGCACAGGGUCAGGCUGUCGCAAAGUCUUUAGCUGGCGAUGAUCUCUACCCAAAGGACAUUGUCACUUGUAUUCGACCACUGGCUUGGCUAAACGAUGAAAUUAUCAAUGCCUACCUCCCGCUACUUGUUCAUUAUCUUCGCCAAUCAACUGGGAACCUCAAGCCGAACGAAAAACCGCGCUUCCACGCCUUCAACACGUUCUUCUAUUCCACCCUUCGCGAUAAGGGUUACCAGGGCGUGCGACGAUGGGCUAACCGAGCCAAGAUUGGCGGUGAAGGAUUACUCAAUGUCGAUACUGUCUUCAUCCCAGUUCACGAAUCGAGUCAUUGGACUCUAAUAGUUGUUCGGCCAGCAGAUCGCACGAUAGAAUACUUUGACUCUCUAGGAUCCCGUGGUGCUCGCCAGGUGAAGAGGAUCAAGGAAUGGCUUGCAGGCGAGCUCGGCUCAAAAUACAAAGAGGACGAAUGGACCACACUUCCGUCGGUCUCCUCCCAACAAGACAAUGGAAGUGACUGCGGUGUAUUCCUUUUAACAAAUGCCAAGGCAGUCUCCAUCGGUGUUGAGCCAACUGCUUUCGGGCCAGGUCACACACAACUUCUCCGCAGGAAGAUUGUCGCUGAGCUGAUGAAUGGAGGGCUUCACGGCGACUUCACUCCGCUGGAUAAAGCCACAGGAGUACUGCUGCUCUAA